CUAGCUGUCCUCCAGCCUCCUUCUCUUGGCCUCCCUCUCCACACCCUCACCUGACACAUUGAGGCACACAUCACAGCCAUGACGCACACAAGGAAUAUGUGUGUCGCCCUGAUCUGGCUCCUCCCCUUUCCCCAUCUCACCCUCUUCAUCCUCCUGCUGCUGCUGCUGGCCAUCGCCCUCGCCCUCUCCGUCGACGUCGCCAUCCAUAUCUGCACACACACGCAAACAUACAAGUGGGCCCAACCACACACACAUGUAUUCCACACCCUCAUCGCUGUCGCCGUCGUCAUCCGCACUAUCAUCAUCAUCCUCUGCAGACACACACACACACACACACACAUACAUACAUAUGAGGAAGACACCUAGCAAGGCGGGCUGGGCACCGCACACAGACCACUUACCCUCACCACCAUCGUCAUCGUCGUCAUCCGCACCCUCAUCUGCGCACCACGACACACACGCCGAUUCAAUGACAUCCGACUCACAGACCGAAGUGGAGGCGGCCGGCUGCACACUCACCCUCAUCAAUGACUUCCUCCUGUUGGUUGACCACCAUGUCUGCGAUGGGCUGCCCCACCAGGCCGCCCACCAGAGGGACGACAGAGGGCAGGCGGUCCUUGAAAGCAGCCGAUGCAUCACCUACUGGCGGCUCGGUGGCGCGGGCAGAAACUAACACUGCAUUCAGCAGAACAGCAUACGUCAGAAAACGGCUCCAUCACCUGAGGAUCUCUUAUCCGCUCCCUACCUAUGUCCGCGUCGGCCAAGGUGCUGAGAAAGAUCGAUGCGACGAAUGGGCUGUCGAGCGGCGUCAGCAGCAGCUGCCGAAGCUCUAUCGGGGGAUCAUCAUCGUCCCACCUGACCGCCAUGACGGCGGUGCAUCGGUUGGGGGGCUGGUGGGGCGAGUGGUUGAGGAAGCCGUCCAGCACACCGUCGUGGUCAUGCCUGAGGAGAGCAACACAUAACAGAGGAGAGAGGCCCUGAUGAAUGGACGGAUGUGUGUGUGCCUGAGUGUGGUGUGUCCUGCGUACCGGUCCACGUAAGCCCAUGGCGUCCACCCCCUAUUGGCCGCUGGAGGGAUCAU